UUCACUGCUUUACUUCUGAUAUGAAUCUGGGAAGUUACGUGCAGUAACAGCACUUGAGUUCACAAAACACGGGAAUAAGAGGAGGACUGCACAAGAUCUUCUGUCACCACAACUGUGGAGAAGGACCUUGGGAAUAAGCCGAGUACAUUUCUACAGUUUCGUGAACGUCUGCAGGAGAUCAGGACUGAUGGAUGCAUUUUGCGCUCUGUUGCUCUGCUUCCAUCUCUUAACCGCGUUUCAAGUGAGCGGCGAGCGUCACUCUUUCAGUGUCUCUGUGCCACAUCGGGUCUACGAGUGUCCUGAAGGGGCCAAUGUCACGAUGAUGUGUCUUCAGUCUGGAGACAAGGUUCAUUCGGGGGACAAGAUGUGGAACACCUGGCUCUUCACACCUCGCUCGCAGGAGCACUGCCACAAGGGCGUGCAUCCUCGCGGGUCCGGUCACUCCAACAACGCGCUGGGAGUGGAAUACACGGGCAAAGGCAGCAAGUCUUUCUCCAUCUUUUUGCAGAACAUCAGCUACAGGGACCAGGGCAAAUACUGCUGUCUGCUUCUGGAAGUUAACAAGCAAAAGGUGGAGCAGGAGGCCCGGGAAUUCAUCUACCUGAAUGUAGUGCCAUCGAUGGGACAUGCUCACAACAGCAGUCUGAAGUGUUCGGACUGGUCUCACGGCCCUUCAGAUGACUCGGUGGCUGAAGGUCUGGCUAUCGCUGCCUGUGUCGCUUUCAUUCUGUGCCUCCCGCUCAUACUGAUGCUGGUUUACAGACAGAGACAAACAGUAGAGCGACACAGACGUGCACACGAGCUGGUGCGUAUGGACAGUGAAGCACAGGCUCAUGAGAACCCAGUGUUCUUGGGAGAUUCUCCACAGCCUAAAGUCCGGACUGUAUCCCAAAUAAUGAGGCAGUCCUCUGAAACAGGACGGCACCUCCUCUCGGAUCCCGGAACUCCGUUCUCUCCAAUCAUACAAGGAGAACUGUUCUUCCCAGCACAGGGAACUAUCCCUGAAUCUCCCAACUUAAUGGACUAAAACGUGUCACGCUCUCCCCAGGAGCAUCGAGUGCUUCUUCCAUCUCCUCCACAUCAUCAUGUCUCUUCCUGUCCUCUGCAAAGAUGAUGAGGACGGACCCACCCCAAAAAACGAGAACUGAACUCUCCGCUAUCACGGUGGGACCCCUUAUCUGGUUGGCGUCUGUGUCUGUCUGCUGACUUAAAUGGGUUUCCCGAGAAGGAAAAUCGGAACGUUUCACAAGUUAGGGUAUCAGGGAGAACACGAUUUCAUGAAGAGGAGCCAAAGAUUUUCUUUCGUGGCCUUUGAGUUGAACAUUUUUCAGCUAAGCAGUUUGCACACAUUCCUGUUCACCACGUGCUUCGUGUCAGUCAUACUGUGGUUUCAUUUGCACUUAAAAGACCGUUUUACUCUCUUUCAUUUUUCUAUCCCCAUCCUCACCUCCGUUCCCAAUGAAACGGUCACUUCAUCCGCUUACUUCUAGGGAUGUAUUAAUACCUCAUUUUUCACUCCUCUUUUACCCAUCUCUAUACUGAUUUUCCUUCACACUCAAUAAGGAUGUUUGUGCCAAAGUACUCAGUUGUCACUUUAUCACUGAAAUGGUGCCAGUGCUGGUCCCAAAUGAGGUUCUCGGCUGGAAUAUCUGCAAUUUUGCUUUAAAAUGCUAAAUAGUUGAUAAUACAGUGUCUUUAUGUAACAGGCCCAGAUUGAGGCCAGCACCGGUACGUUUGAGUGGAAAAGGGAUGUUCUCAGUACACUCACCGUCAGACCUGCUGAGAAACAAUGGGCUAUUAAAAACCCUUGUGUGGUUAGUGUGGUGCUUUUAUGAUGUAUGUAGCUUAAAAAUGAGUUCUGCCAGAAUGAAUGCAGAAUUUUUUGUGGUAAAUGUCUUACGUGUCCCAUGUCACUUGCGGCUUUAAGGGGCCAGAGGGCUCAUAAAACAAGAUUUUCUAUAUAUUUUGUAUUGACUUUUUAAUUGUGUGUGUUUCUAUUAUUCAAAAUACAAAAAAGCAAAAAGCUUUUAAUCCACUGCCAUAAAGAGCCACUUCAAUCCACUGCCAAAACUUUGCUUUGUGUAUGAAUGGAUAGUUUAUAGGUGAAUGACUGGAAAUAUUGGAAUUAUGUUGAUAAUUAUGAACCUGUUUGUACAUUUAAAAGUUGCUCGUGUGCCUGUACAAAGUCAAUACCGUAUAUGUAGCUCUAGUGGCAACGCUGUGACAAAAUCAAUUGCUUAUAUUUUGUUUCAUAAAAAUACAAAUAAAUAAAAAAAGUUCUGUUGAGA